AUGAUUGAGGACCCGGAAACGGGUUGGCUGCUCACGGGUCCGGCUGUCAGCCCCGAGAACAGCUUCUUCAUAGUCGGCAAAGAUGGUAAUAAGGAAGAGCAUUCAGUCUGCCUGUCGCCUACCAUUGACGUCGAGCUUCUACGUGACCUCUUCGCCUUCUGUGUGCACGCCGCAAAACGCCUCAACACAGACUCCGCUUUUGCCCAGCGAGUCCAGGCCGCGCAAGCAAAGCUGCCACCGCUCCAGGUCGGCAAGCAUGGGCAGCUACAAGAGUGGCUGUACGACUUUGAAGAGGCGCAGCCAUAUCACCGCCAUCUCUCGCACACCAUGGCGCUGUGCCGGUCGGCGCAGGUGUCUCUGCGGCACACUCCGCUCCUGGCCGAGGCUAUUGGCGUGACACUCGAGCGGAGGCAGGGUCGUGACGAUCUUGAGGAUAUCGAGUUCACCGCGGCCCUAUUUGGCCUGAACUACGCCCGCCUGGGCAAGGCGGAGAAGGCAGAGGCGCAGAUCGGCCAUCUGGUUGGUGAGCUGAGCUUUGAUAACCUGCUCAGCUACAGCAAGCCAGGCGUAGCAGGCGCGGAGAAGAAUAUCUUCGUCGUGGAUGGGAAUUUUGGGGGUGCGGCGGUUAUUGCGGAGAUGCUGGUGCGUUCGCUGAUGCCGGACCUGGGAGGUCCAGUGGAGGUCGACUUGCUUCCGGCACUUCCUAAGUUGUGGUCGGAAGGAGCUGUGAAGGGCAUGCGGCUUAGAGGUAAUCUGGAGCUUGACAUGGAGUGGUUUGAUGGGAGGCUGGAGAAGGCGAGUUUCAAGGCAUUCUCUCCUGGGUCUAUGACGGUGUAUUACCGUGAGCAGUCCCUCAAGAUCUCAUAUAAGGCAGACGAUGCGAUCGAGUUAGGGCCUGGUCUGCAGGUACGUAAAUAG